GGUUUGAAAACUUUCUGUCUGUGCUGGAUUCUGCUGUCUGAUGGCUCCACCUGUUAACUAGCUGACAGAGGAAGGAAAUGUCUCCACCAAGAUGACCAUCUCUGGCUGUGGUUUGCUGUGAUAAACUCCUCCUCAGAGAUCCUAUUAUUCUCUGUCUUCGUGGCCUCGAAAAUAAAACAGGCUCUGGACCAAAAAACAGACACAGAGCUUCUGAAAUACACAGAAAUUUGAAGCGACGGAAAUCGUAAAAUGAUCUUUUUUUUUAAUGUCUUUUAUUUUUUGAAAGAACAAUAGUGGAGCUCCACAUCUAAUUCUGGGCUUUCAAUCUUGAACAGAAUGAACAUCGUCCUUAUCUCUUCACUGCUGGGUGCAUUUGUUCUGCAAGCUGCUACACUUGAAGAGCUUCACAAGGCUGUUGUGUCUGUGUGGCCCCCGGGGUCAAACAUCUACCUCGGUGAGUGUGUGUUGCUGCAGUGCACAGUGGAGCCCAACUCCACCUCUGCGUGGAGCUACAAGUGGUACAAACUCCACACUGCUGCGACCCCGAACCCCAGGCACCUGGUCUCUGGUGACAGCUACUCCAUCACCGCGGUAACGAGGGAGGACGCAGGCAGCUAUUGGUGCAAAGCAGAGCGGCGGGAGGGCAAUGUGACGGCUGCAACGCUCAGCAGCCAGCCGGUUGUGCUCAUUGUGUCAGACCUACCUCCUCCAUCACUGACUCUGACUCCCAGCACCAGACAGAUCUUCAGAGGGGAACAUUUCACUCUGCAGUGCCCCUCGUCUCAGACAAACCCCACAGGCUGGAAGCUGAGGCGUUUCCCUCCAGGACCAACAAUGAGGACCAGAGUCUUCCAAUCUGAUCAGUGUUCACCACUAGGGGGAGCUGUUAUUGCAAACAAGCCCGACUCGUGUGUCUUCACUGCUGCCACUGGGAACAAUGGACUGUACUGGUGUGAAGACUCUAAGGGCCGCAGCAGCGCAGUCAACAUCACAGUAAGCUAUGGCAACAUCAUCGUGAAGACUCCAGCUUUUCCUGUGUUUGAAGGUGAUAAUGUGGUCUUGUACUGUCAGUUCUGGACAGGCAACCACAAUAAAGCAACUUUCUUUAAAAAUGGAGCAGAAAUCUCCUUUUCCAGCUCUUCUGGUUCAGGCAGAGUAAUCAAAAUGACAAUUGAGAACGUGACACUGGAAGAUGAAGGCUCCUACAAGUGUGCAUCCAGGGACAGAAAGAUGGAGAGUCCAGAGAGCUGGUUAACAGUGAGAGCCGAUCGAGGUAAUUUCACAUCAGCAGAUGGAGCAGCAGCCUCGAGUGGUGGCUCCUGGAUUUGGAUCUUGGUGUCAUGUGUGGUUUUGCUUCUGAUUCUCAUUCCUCUCAGUGUCUGGCUUGUUUGUCACUACAGGCGCCAGAUGUUCAGCACUCAGAGCUGCUGGCCGCUUUCUAAAGAAAAUAUACCAGCAGUUCCACUUCCAGCAACCAAGCAGGACGUGACUGAAGUGCAGUGGGAUCUGUCCUGGAUGGAGAUGUCCAAUCUGUUGGAUAAGCAGUUAUAUCCUGGCACUUAAAGGUUCACUUAUACUUGAAGCUCAUAGAAAAAAGAAUGCAAAUUCAGAGAAAAAUUUCUAGUUAUUAGUUUUUUUUCAGACAUUCACUCCCUUUUGUUAAUCUGGUGGCAUCUGAAGGUGUUGUCUUCUAGUCUGAAUGAGAACCCUGUUUACUGCAUCCAGUCACCUUUAUGGAAGGUCAUGUGAUUUUGGGGAGGCUUUUUUCUACAUUUUAUCAUCAAUUAUUAGCCAAAAAUCAUAGUGAGUGUAAAAAAAAAAAAAAAAAAAAAAAAAAAAGAAAA